AAUUCUCCCCAGUUGCUGGUUGGAGGACCAGACCUAUACAUCAGUGCAUUUUAACGUCCCAGGAACUGUGAAGGAAGAGGGAAAUUUGCCUUGAAUAUUAAAAACCAUGCUUGAAAUGAAAGGAAAAUUCUCCUGCGGUGAACUUCAUAGGUGACAAGGUGCUGCAAUUGUUGGAGGGGUUGGAAUUGGAGCCAACAGCGCAUCUAUCUUACAGAAGACUAAAAACCCGACAGCAAAGAUUGGGUCAAUCCAUUCCUGUGAGGGGCAGUGACCAAUAGAAAAGGAAGGAGAAGAUCCAAGAAAGCUGAGGUACUAGAAUGGCAAUCUCAACCUGUUUGAUGAUCUGGGUGUUCCUCAUAGCAGAGACUGUGUGGACACAGAGAGUGAGGCAGGCCUAUGAGGUACAGGACCCAGAAGACUGGGAUGUGCAUGAUGACUUCUAUUGUCCUAGGGAAUGUUUCUGUCCCCCGAGUUUCCCUACAGCCUUAUACUGUGAGAACAGAGGUCUCACAGAAAUCCCCAUUAUUCCUUCAAGGAUCUGGUACCUCUACCUGGAAAACAACCAGAUAGAAACCAUACCUGAGAAACCAUUUGAGAAUGCCACCCAGUUAAGAUGGAUCAAUUUAAAUAAGAACAAAAUAACCAACUAUGGGAUUGAGAAGGGGGCCCUGAGCCAGCUAAAGAAGCUUCUUUUCCUGUUUCUGGAAGACAACGAGCUGGAGGAGGUACCUUCUCCGUUGCCAAGAAGUUUGGAACAAUUACAGUUAGCUAGAAACAAGGUAUCCAGAAUCCCUCAGGGGACCUUCAGUAACCUGGAAAACCUGACCCUUCUUGACCUGCAGCAUAACAAACUUAUAGAUAACGCCUUUCAAAGAGAUACCUUCAAGGGGCUUAAGAACCUCAUGCAGCUUAACAUGGCCAAGAAUGCCCUGAGGAACAUGCCGCCGAGAUUACCAGCCAACACCAUGCAACUGUUUCUGGAUAACAACUCCAUUGAAGCAAUACCUGAAAAUUAUUUCAAUGUGAUUCCUAAAGUGGCCUUCCUGAGACUCAACCACAACAAACUAUCUGAUGCCGGCCUCCCAUCCAGAGGUUUCGACGUGUCGUCCAUUCUAGAUCUUCAACUGUCUCACAAUCAGCUCACAAACUUUCCCCGAAUUAGUGCAAACCUGCAGCACCUUCACCUCGAUCACAACAAAAUUAAAAAUGUGAACAUGUCAGUAAUAUGUCCCACCACACUGCGUGCAGAACAGGAUGCCUUCAUUCAUGGACCCCAACUGAGCUACCUGCGCUUGGACGGAAAUGAAAUCAAGCCACCAAUCCCAAUGGACUUAGUGACAUGCUUCAAGCUGCUUCAGGCCUUCAUUAUCUAAACAGCCGCCAAACCCACACUGGAUUAAGAGUAGAUGAGUGUGGAAUGAAAUUUGGUUGUUUCUCUUAGGUUUAGGUCAUAAGCCACACUUACAAUUGUCUUAACCACUAUUGGCAUCUGUGUAGCUUACCGUUUCCAUUGGGAGAUGCUUUGGUCAGUGGCAUCCAGGUGCCACUUGUAUUCACUUGCUUUUCUCUGAUUAACUAAACAGACACAGAGUUGAGGUAACUUCUCAACUCAAAGCUAUUCUCAUCUCUUUGCAGCUACUAAUAUCAAGUAAACUUUUUAAUUGUUAAAUAUUCGAAAUGAUUUACUUGUCUAUGACCAAGUUUAUGUGUGAUAGUAGUGUAUAUCUCCUAUAAGCACAGCAAUGAGACAGCAGUAGGAAGUUCUGAAAAAAAUGAAAAACUAAAUAUGCGUUUGUGAUAAUUAUCAUGAACCUACUAGUCCAAUGUCUCCAAAUAGAAAUAUCUGGCCAUUAGAGCUAAACAACAGAGAAAGCAGAAAGAGAGAGAGAGAGAGAGAGAGAGACAGAGAGAGAGAGAGAGAGAGAGAGAGAGAGAGAGAGAGAGAGAGAUCUUCUAGUUACUUAGAUUAAAGAUGAAGUGUCAGACAUUUGGGGUUAACUAUAAUUUGUUAUAUAUAUGUCUUUCUUAGAUCUAAUACUCUAUUCCCCAGGAACUGAAGCCCUAAAUUUUACAGUUAUCAUAACACAAUUCUCAUAACAUAAUUCUCAUAACACAAUUCUCAUAGAUACAUAGUGUCUUAACAAUGGAAAUUCACACAAAUUGCAAAUUAUUUAGUUCUUACUUUGCCCAUGAUUUUUUUUGGAUUUUCUAAAUAAAAAUAUCGAAUGUUUUCUAACAAAAUGGAAAUGUGAUAUUUGCUUCAAGGACACUAUUACUCACAACUUACAUUGGAACAGAGAAAGUAUAAUACUUAUAAAUAUUCAAAAUACCAUGAUUUGAAAACAUAUUUUAGGAUAUUUGAAUGGGUAAAAUUUGUAAGGAAUCAAAUUCCAUGUAAAGGAAGGUUUUCUAAUAUAACCAUAUCCUAUUUUCUGCCAUUUCUGUUACUAGCAUUCACAGUAGUCUGAAUGUUUUAAAUGGAAUAUUCCAAAACCGAAGACAUUAUGAGUUUUAAGUUUUGCACCUUUCUGAGAAUGGUAGGUUUUCACUGUUCUGAUGCACCACAGUAAGGAAGUGAGCCAUCCUUUCUCCAGUGAAUCCAUGCUGUAAACCCUACCCAGCCUUUAGUCACACAAUAGCCAUUUGAAUUAAGAGACCUGCUGUCACAAUAUCAUGACGUUCUUAUCCAAAUACCCUCUAUGUGUGCACCACAAGGCUUGCAUCCUUCACCUCACUUCAUCUCAUGCUGUAGACAGUGAUGUCAUCCCCAGUCUUUGCUACAGGAAGGGUGCCGUAUAAUAAUUUGAGAAAGGAAUGAUAUCAAAUCACGUAUUCCUGUAGACUGCUAUUAUUAUACACAUGCUCUCUCUCUGCAUUAGUUGUUAGUGUGAAUCUCUUUCUGUGCUUAACUUACAAAUUCAACUGUUCUACAGGUACGUAUGUAAUGAAAGAAGACCGCAUACUUAUGGUUUAGGGCUCUCCAUGGUUUUAGCCAUCCACUAUGGUCUCCAAAUGCAUAUUUCACAGAUAACAGGUGAAUACCUAGAUACGUAGAUUUGCCCAACAGUUUAUCUUGAAGCAAUUACUAUUGUUUAAAAAGAGACUGGGUGAGAAAAGAUACAAAAACAUGGCUAAUCUGAGGUCUCAUUGUGAAAUAUUCCUGCCAAACAUUUGUAACUUUUUCCCUCCCUCUCCCUCAUUACUCUUCUUUCCUCCCCCUCCCUUUCUCUCCCUGACCCCCACUCUAUCUUCUCUUUCCACCCUCAGUAUCUCUAUCUUUAUUCCCAUACCUUUCUUCCAGCCUGCCUUUCUUGUGUUAUCUUCCUGUAUUUAUUUCAAACAUUUAUUUGGCAGCUUGUGUGUGUGUCUGUGUGUCUUUGUGUCUGUAGGCACCCACAAUCCAGACUGUGUUAAACCGGCAAGAUCAAAUUUUGUUCUGUUUUUACCAUAGUGCAUGGCAUGCAGAUUAGGUAAUAUCACAAAAUCAUGAAAGAUUUUACUUGUAACAAAUGUUUGCAUUCUCCAAUAAGUAAUUAGUCACACUAAUUUGAUGAAGAAUUUUCUAAAGAGAUAAUGGAUAAGGAAACAUAUACAGAAUAAAAAGUACUUAAUAACUUA